AUGCCGGAGCAUGGUCGGAGGAACCAUGAAAUCAAAGGUCUAAGAAGAUCGGAGAGGGAAUCGUCGAGGUCAGGCCUCGAAGCUUCGAACAACCCUGGCUUACUGGUGAAGAUAGCUAUCCAAAAAAAAGGGCGUAUAACUUCUAACCCAACUCCUUUCAGUCCAGCCCAUCUGUAUCUUUCAAGGGUUGGGCUUUUCAACCGAAGUUCAGUCGGUAAAUCUUCUUUGUUCGGUCCAUUAUCGACUACCGGCGAAACGAAGCUUGUGAACUGCAAAAGGAAGGUUACGAUAAUCAACGUCUCCGGGAUGAGUGCAGGGGGAGCAUUUGGUGGAAAUAGAGGACUGAGACCAGUGCCGCCUGAAAAAGGAGUUUUUCCAUUGGACCAUAUGCAUUUAUGUGACCUGGAGAAGAAAGAGUACCUCAAUUGUCUUAAAUCCUCUGGGCAUAAAUCUGACAACUGUCGACACCUCUCUAAGAAGUACCUGGAGUGCCGUAUGGAGAAGUCACAUCUUUCUAUCAAGUGUUACCUAUUUGAUAGCAUCAAGAACAAGGAUAUAGUUAAGGACAAUGAUAGAGAUGAUAGAGUUUUGGAAGCUCUAAGGCCAUUUACAAGAUCUCAAGCUAAAGAGUUGCAAGCUAAGGUUGC